CUUCGAUAAUAAUGGGCACUAUUUUGCCGGCGAUCGCGGCAUUGCUGGCGGCGCUGCUUCUGCACGCUUCCAACGACUUUCUGCCUAUGGACUCGUAUGCCCCCAUCUCGACUACUAAUGUCAGUGUGGAGGAGCAUUUUAGUGACUCGUACUACCAAGCGCGGGCGCUUUUCCGAUCACGAGCCGAGGUCGCCGGCGCCAAGCUCUUCUCUCUGCCCCUUGAGCAUCUAAAGCCGCUGGAUUUGACUGUGGAUGUGGCAGUGAUCGAAGGCUCAAGAGAACGCGCUUUACUACAUAUUUCAGCCACGCACGGCGUCGAAGGUUUCGCGGGGAGCGCUAUCCAAGCGGCGCUGCUGGAGCGCACGGCGACACCCCCAAGCUCCAUCAAGAACAAACCCACGGUGAUCUUCGUGCACGCAUUAAAUGCGUAUGGAUUCGCGCAGCUGCGUCGAUUCAAUGAGCAUGGUGUGGAUUUGAACCGUAAUUGGCUCACGCCAGAAGAGUUCACGGAGCGCCAAAAGAGAGACCCAAACCGAUUGGGAUACAUGGACGUUUACGAGCUGCUGAACCCGAUGGAAUUAAGCGGGGUCAAGAACUGGUUUUGGGUAAAAGGCAUCAUGCAUUUAGCUACUAAGGGUUUUGAUGCGAUAAAGCAGGCGACAAUUGGCGGGAAUUACCACUUCCCACAGACGCUUUUCUUCGGUGGAACGGAGCUUGAGCCGAGUUUGGUACUGCUGCAGAAUUUCCUAAGGGAACAUGUCGACUUCAACGCCGUAACCAAGUUCGCGAUGGUUGAUGUGCACACGGGGCUUGGGCCUGCCGGUGUUGACACACUGAUGCUAGGAGCGGGGAGUGACAUGGAGACAGCACGCAUCGUCUUCUCCGGCUCGGAGUACACGAACAAGGUGGUCUUCGUGCACGAUAAUGAUAAUCCGGUGUCACGCGGUUAUGAUGGUGUCGGCGGCUUUACUUUCGAUGGUGUUGCAAAACUGUUGGGCCCUCAAUUGGAGAAGAACGCGCUUCUUUUUUGCCAAGAGCUCGGUACGGUGCCUGGUGUGUUCAUCCUGAAAGCAAUGGUCGAGGAGAACGCCAUCUACCAUCACGGAUCAUCAUCUGCAAACCGCUUGCCGUACGCGCAGAAACUUCGGGACGUGUUUUAUCUACACCAGAGCAGCUCUUGGAAGAGUGACGUACUGCGUCGCGGCGCUGACGUAUACGAUCGCUUGUACGUAUAUUUGUCCUCGUAG